AUGGAGUUCACCCCACUAGACCAGAUCGACAAGAUCCACGUUGAGCUUCGUUCCGGUUUCAACUCCGGCAAACUCAAGUCCCUCGCGUACCGGAAGUACCAAAUCUUGCAACUCGGCUACCUCGUUCAGGACAAUGCGGAGCGGUUCAAUGAUGCAUUAGCCUCAGACUUGGGAAGGCCAACUCUCGAGAACAACUUCUUGGAAAUUGGGCCGAGUAUUGGGGAUACAAAGCAGGCGUAUCAGAAUGUCGAGAAAUGGUCCAAGCCAGAGAAGCCAGCGUUCAGCUUAAACUUCACCGCCAUGAGGCCAGUCGUGCGUAAGGAACCCAAAGGAGUUGUGUUGAUCAUCAGUCCUUUCAAUUAUCCUCUGUGGCUCACAAUCGGUCCAGUGGCGGGUGCCCUCGCUGCCGGCAACGCUGUGGCCAUUAAACCCUCAGAGAACACUCCCGCCGUCAGCAGCCUUCUUGCUGAGCUUGUGCCCAAGUACCUCGACCAAGAUCUAGUUCGCGUCGUUAAUGGCUCUAUUCCAGAGACUACAAAGCUGCUCGAGCUGCAAUGGGACCACAUUCUUUACACGGGCAGCGGACGAGUCGGCAAAAUCGUUGCUGCUGCUGCUGCGAAGCAUCUCACACCAGUCACGCUCGAGUUGGGGGGAAAGUCCCCGGUUGUCAUCGACCCGAACUGCGACCUUGAGACAGCCGCGCGCAGGAUCUUGUGGGGGAAAGUUGCCAACGCGGGCCAGACGUGUGUUGCACCCGACUACAUCCUUGUUCCCAGAGACUUCCAAGACACCUUCGCAGACGCCCUCAAAAACACGUAUGAUAAAUUCUACCCAGAGUCGGCUAAGCCCUCGGUCAGCGGCGCAUAUGCGCGUUUGAUCACGCCUCAAGCGUUCACUCGCGUCAACGCGUUGCUGAAAGGGACGAAGGGAACGGUCGUGUUUGGUGGUGAGACGGAUGAAGCCACGAAAUACAUUCAACCGACUGUGGUGAAGGACGUCCAGCCGGAUGAUACCUUGAUGAGCGAGGAAAUCUUUGGCCCUAUCCUACCCAUCGUCCCAGUGAAAGACAUUGACGAGGCAAUUGCUUUCAUCAAUGCACGCGAUCAUCCACUCGCCCUUUAUGUCUUUUCCUCCGACAACGCUGUUAAAGCCAAAGUUUUCGACAACACUCAGAGUGGCGCCGCAAUCGCCAAUGAGGUUUUAAUACAUCCCGGCGUCGACGGCCUGCCGUUCGGAGGGAUAGGCCCCAGCGGAUCCGGUUAUCACACUGGAAAGUACACGUUCGAUAUAUUUACCCAUCUACGCGCUUCUAUGGACUCGCCGAGCUGGGUUGACAAGAUCCUCGCUGCGCGCUAUCCGCCGUACACGACGAAGAAGGUCAACGCAGUACGCAAGUUGCUGUUCGCCCGCCUGCCUGCACGUCCAAGCGGACCUCCUCCAAUCGGCGUAGCGUCUGGCAAAAAACGGUGGGGUCGCUGGUUCUUGGUAGCUACGGCUAUUGCUCUGGCGAGUUUUCUGACGAAGCGAUCCAAGGCCUUGACGGGGUCUUCGUAA